CGAACGGAACGGGCUCCGGAGAGAACGGGACCGGCUCCGGAGUAAACGGAACGGGCUCCGGAGAGAACGGGACGGGCUCCGGACUAAACGGAUCGGGCUCCGGAGAGAACGGAACAAACUCCGGACAGAACGGAUCGGGCUCCGGACAGAACGGGACCGGUUCCGGAGUAAACGGGACGAACUCUGCAGAGAACGGCGCGGGCUCCGGACAAAACGGAACGGGCUCCGGAGUAAACGGGACGAAUUCCGGAGUAAACGGGACAAACUCCGGACAGAACGGGACCGGCUCUGGGGAGAACGGGACGGGCUCAAGACAGAACGGGACGCCUACCAACGGCGCUUACCGGGAGGAGGACCGCGUGGGCACCUCGCUGUUCAACACAGAGAGACUGACGCCGUACGACCCGACCCAGGAGGCCAUCUUCCCGCCCGAGCUCAUGCUGCGGCCGGACUGGGUGAGCCGACCUCUGAAGUUCAGCGGACCGCGGGUGACCUGGCACCGACCCGCCACACUGAGCGAGCUUCUCCGACUGAAGGCCGCCUACCCAGACGCCAAACUGGUCAACGGCAACACUGAAAUCGGUGUUGAGGUGAAACUGAAGCGAUGCGAGUACCCGGUGCUCAUCAACCCGGGUCAGGUGACCGAGCUGACCUCCGUGACCUGGGACGAGGACGGCGUGACCUUUGGAGCCGCCGUGACCUUGUCGGACAUAGAGGCGGAACUGCAGGCGGCGCAGAGCCAGCAGCCUGCCUGGAAGACCCGAGUUUUCUCUGCUAUAACAGAGAUGCUACGCUGGUUCGCCGGAACACAAAUUCGAAACGUCUCUGCGAUCGGAGGAAACAUCAUGACGGGCAGUCCCAUCUCGGACCUGGUGCCCCUGCUCAUGUCGGCCGACAGCCAGCUGACCCUGAUGACGUCAUCAGGGGAGCAGAGGACGGUCCCGAUCCGCGGCUUCUACACGGCUUACCGACGGAACAUUGCCAGACCUGACGAGAUUCUGCUCUCCGUCACUGUGCCGUACACGGCUGAGGACGAGUUUUUCAUGGGCUUCAAGCAAGCCCAUCGACGAGACGACGACAUAGCCAUCGUGAACGCGGGCUUCUUCGUCCGGAUCCGCGACCAAAAGGUCCACACUUUCCGCGCUACGUACGGAGGAAUGGCAGCGACGGCGGUCUCCGCAACCAAGACGGAACAGACACUCGUCGGCAGGCCCUGGGACGACUCGCUCCUGCAGGAGGCGGUGUCUCUGCUGCUCGAGGACCUGCCUCUCGGUCCCAGCGCUCCGGGAGGCAUGAUCGAGUACAGGCGCACGCUGACGCUCAGCUUCUUCUUCAAGUUCUACCUGCAGACGUGCGGCUGGAUCACGGGCAGGGUCGACGAAAGCUGCAAAUCUGUACUGGAGAAGUUCCACAGACCGACACCCGCGUCCACGCAGCUCUACCAAGUGGUUCCCGACGACCAGCCGGUGGAGGACCUGGUGGGUCGGCCCGUGGCGCACAUGUCGGCGCUGAAGCAGGUCACCGGAGAGGCCCAGUACCUGGACGACAUCCCGCCGCUCGCCGGGGAGCUCCACGCCGGCUUCGUGCUCUCAUCUCGAGCGCACGCGCGCAUUGUGUCGGUGGACGCCCGGGAGGCACUGCAGGAGCCCGGGGCUACUCACUUCUUCAGCGCCAAGGACAUCGCACCGGAGAGAAACAAAACUGGACCCUCGCCCCAUCAUCAAGACGAAGAGGUGUUCCGAGCCGAGACUGUAACCUCGAUGGGUCAGGUGAUCGGUCUUGUGCUGGCCUGUGACCGCGCCACCGCACAGCGCGCCGCCAAGAAGGUCAAGGUCACGUACGAAGACCUGCCCGCAAUCAUCACCACUGAGGACGCGAUUCGCGAAAACUCAUUCACGCCGACGGUGCACUACUUCGAGCACGGUGACGUGGACGCCGCGUUCUCCUCGGCCGCUCACGUCGUCGAGGGCUCGGUCCGGAUGGGCGGCCAGGAGCACUUCUACCUGGAGACGGUCGGCUGCAUCGCCGUGCCGAAGGAGGACAACGAGAUGGAGGUGCACGUGUCGUCACAGGGUCUGAACAUCAACCAGAUGCUGAUCGCUCGUGCUCUGGGCGUGCCCGCUAACCGGAUCGUCUGCAAGGCCAAGCGUCUGGGAGGAGGAUUCGGAGGGAAGGAGUCGCGUACAUGCUCCGUCACCACCCCAGUGGCAGUGGCUGCCAACAGGUCCGGGCGUCCUGUGAGGGCCGUUCUGGAGCGAGACGAGGACAUGGCCUCUAUGGGCACCCGGCACCCGAUGCUAGCCAAGUACAGGGCUGGUGUUACCGCCGAAGGCAAGGUGACCUGCGUCGAGAUGGAAAUCUUCCUGAACGCCGGUUUCAGCCACGACCUCUCAUUGGGUGUUAUUUCUCGAGCGACCACCUCGUGCGACAACGCGUACCACUACCCGGCGUACCGGAUCACGGGCAAACUGUGCCUGACCAACACGCCCUCGAACACGGCGUUCCGCGGCUUCGGUGGGCCGCAAGGCUCCAUGGUGGCCGAGGCCAUGAUGGACGACAUCGCCAGCCAGCUGCGACUGGACGCCACACAGGUGAGGAUGGUGAACCUGGUGCAGGAGGGGCACCUGAACGUCACCCGCCAGCCCAUGGUGCAGGUCACCGUGGACCGAUGUAUCGCCGAGGUCGUCCAGAAGGCCGGGCUCAGACGGCUCCAGCAAGAGGUGGAGACGUUCAACAGGCUGAAUCGCUGGAAGAAGCGCGGCGUGGCGCUGAUCCCCAACAAGUUCAACAUCGCGUUCGGUCUGGCGCUGCUGAACCAGGGCGGCGCUCUGGUGCACAUCUACACGGACGGCUCUGUGCUGGUCACCGUCGGUGGGGUGGAGAUGGGACAGGGCCUCUUCACCAAGUGCUACCAGGUGGUGACGAGGGUUCUCGGGGUCUCCGCCGACCGCGUCUACAUCUCUGAGACGGCGACAGACAAGGUGCCGAACGCCUCCCCGACGGCGGCUUCCAUGAGCACCGACCUCUACGGAGCGGCCGUCCUCAACGCCUGCGAGCAGCUGCGGGAGCGGCUGGCGCCGUUCCGUAAGGCGGCCCCGGACGGCACAUUCAGCGACUGGGUGCUGGCCGCCUACCAGAGCCGGGUCUGCCUGUCCGUCUGCGGCUUCGAGGCGACGAAGGGCCUGGCCUUUGACCCGCUCACUCAUAUUGGCGACAUGUAUUCGUACUUUGUGUUCGGCGCCGCCUGCUCGCUGGUGGAGGUGGACUGUCUCACCGGGGACCACCAGGUCCUGAAGACGGACAUAGUGAUGGACGUCGGAGAGUCCCUGAACCCUGCAAUCGACAUUGGCCAGAUCGAGGGCGCCUUCAUGCAGGGCUACGGCCUCUUCUGCAUGGAGAGGCUCAAGUACUCUCCGAAUGGGUUCAACUUCACCCGUGGACCGGGAGCCUACAAAAUACCAGGGUUCGGUGACAUCCCGCUCGAGCUGCACGUGUCACUGCUGCGCGGCUCGCCCAACCCGCGCGCCGUCUACUCCUCGAAGGCCGUCGGCGAGCCGCCGCUGUUCUCUGCCGCCUCAGUCUUUUUCGCCAUCAAGGAGGCGGUGCGCGCGGCGCGUGCCCAGAACGGUAUCAGCGAGCCGCUCAGAAUGGAAAGCCCAGCCACCCCCGACCGGAUCCGUAUGGCCUGCCGAGAUAUGUUCACCGACAAGCUUCCACCGGCUCCAGAGCCGGGCAGCUUCAAACCCUGGAUGGUAGACCUGUGAUGGCGCCUACGACAGCAGAAUCGAUGGAUUCACCAGGAAACGUCGUGAAGUCAAACGGCCGACACUGCUUCAGAUCGUGUCACGUUUGUGAUAUAGGCAGGGCCUUGGCCACAUUGCAAGACUUGUCCGAAGUUGCGAGGGUGAUGGACGCAUUUUCCUUGGAGCGUAACUGGGAGAAAAGUGCCUUGUAUGAAUAUCGUCAUGUAGUUCUACGCCACUACGAUUGUAGUUUUUUUUCUACAGCUUAAAUAUAAGUAGUUAUUAGUUGACAUUGAAGCUAUUAGUUGAAGCUUUGUAGGCUGCCAUAUAAUCUGUGAACGGGGUUUCGUUGUAUGACGUUGGUAUUUGUGUCAGUAUUUACAUUUUUGAC